AUGGCAACCGCACAUCCCAUUCCUGAUGAAGCCCUCUCUGGCUGUACGCCCUACAAUCCCACCAUCCUGCCCAGCUAUGGUUACAAACCGAGUCUGUCCGCCGGAAUUACCUAUUGCAUCCUCUUUAGCAUCGCCCUUUUAGUACAUUGUCUCUACGGCAUCCUCCAUCGACGAUGGGCGAACUAUUUGCUGGCCACGGGAGCCGUAGGAGAGCUCAUCGGCUGGGCAGGCCGCACCUGGUCAUCGCAAUGUCCUUACAACAAGCACGCCUUCCUGAUGCAAAUCGUCACCUUGGUCAUCGCGCCUGUCUUCUUCGCCGCGGCGCUUUUUGUCAUGCUAGCACAACUCAGCGUUCAGAGAGGGCCUCAGUAUUCGCUGAUCCCGCCUCGGCUCUACCUCUACAUCUUCUGCAUAUGCGAUGUGAUUGCCCUGCUGAUUCAAGCAGCAGGCGCUGGCAUUGCUUCCCACGAGUUUGAUACGCAGGGUGAUCCCGAAAAAGGUACUCAUAUUGUCGUCGCGGGCCUCGGAUUUCAAUUGGCCGCGAUGACCGUCUUUUUCCUUUGUUUCGUGAGCUUUAUCGUCAGGUCCUUCAAGCAGACGUGGCCAAGGCACGAGGCGGCACUGGUCGGGUCGAUGCUUCUCAGCUUCAUCUCUCUUUACAUUCGCUGCGUAUACCGGACGGUUCAACUUGCGGAAGGCUGGCUGGGUUACCUAUCUCGGCAUGAACCGUUCUUUCUCGUCUUGGAUGCGGCAUUGAUGGUUGUCUGCGUGGGUAUAUUUGUCCCGUUCAACCCUGGGACCCUGCUACAUCUCGAGCGCAGCGUAAGGGCUCGCGAGGGUCCUGAACAUGCUCGGAAAGGUGGCAUUUUGCUGGGUUGGCUUCGGCGAAAUCGGGUUGCCGACAACAAAUCUCAAAAUUCUGCUGGAGCGACAACGGAUGCACAAGGGGACCGAGAAUCCGUCAAGUGA